AACCUAUUGACCUGACACUUCGGCAUUAUUUGCGUCACGCCGUCCCAUAGGGGGCUGUACCAAAGUCUGCUUCAUUUAGUUGUAGUAGGUUGGAGUCCGCACAUGCAGCGAGGAUUUAAACCAGAUUUUUUUUAAAUAUACGAAAGCUGUAUCGCACACAAACAGGAAUCAGGAGUGAUUUGUUCGAGGAUUCAAGGAACUGCUACCCCUAAUGGCACAACCUGACCUGAAGCAUGAGAAUGACAAGCAGGCGGAGGCCGCUGUCCAGGCAACACGACCCACAUGCCUUCAGAGGUCCAAGGCUCGCUUCCUUAAAGGGGUCUCCUACUUCUCUGGAGAUAUGGCAGUUUUCGCAAAGUGGAUGGAAAAACAGUUUUUCUUGCUACAGUUGCUGGACUGGGUCCUACGUGGGGCAGCCCAGGUCAUGUUUGUAAACAACCCGCUUAGUGGCCUCAUUAUCUUUGCCGGCCUCAUCCUGCAGAACUACUGGUGGGCACUCAACGGCUUUGUGGGAACUCUCUUUGCCACCAUUUCAGCACUCAUUCUGCAGCAGAGCAGGGGUGCAAUUGCUGCAGGACUCUAUGGAUACAAUGGAAUCUUAGUUGGCUUGUUGAUGGCUGUCUUCUCCAAUGCCGGAAACUGGUACUGGUGGCUCUUGCUGCCGAACAUCUUCAUGUCCAUGAUGUGCCCAAUUGUGUCCAGUGCCUUGGCUUCCAUUAAUAGUCGUUGGGAUCUGCCUGUGUUCACGCUGCCCUUCAACAUCUUGGUGUGCCUUCACAUGGUGGCCACAGGCCAUUACAACCACCACUUCCCCCAAGUCCUCAUACAGCCACGCACUGAGUUGCCAAAUAUCACCUGGGAGGAAAUCAAUCUUGCCAAGCUAUUCAUGUCCGUGCCUGUGGGGAUCGGCCAGGUCUACGGCUGUGACAACCCUUGGACAGGAGGCAUCUUCAUCAUCUCUCUCUUCAUCUCCUCCCCCAUCACGUGCGCUCACGCUGUCCUCGGCUCUACCAUUGGCAUGCUUUCAGCAGGCCUGGCUUUGGCAGCUCCAUUUGGUGCAAUUUAUUUUGGCCUAUGGGGAUACAACUGUGUGCUGGCAUGCAUCGCCAUUGGUGGAAUGUUUUAUGCCCUGACUUGGCAAGUUCACCUGCUUGCUAUUACUUGUGGAUUUUUCUGUGCGUACCUGGGUUCUGCCAUCGCCAACAUCAUGUCAGCAUUUGGUCUCCCGGCCUGCACGUGGCCCUUCUGUCUCUCGGCGCUUACAUUUUUGCUCAUCACUACAGAAACCAAUAAGAUAUUUAAACUCCCUCUGGCCAAAGUCACCUACCCGGAGAAAAAUCUGUGCUAUUUCUGGAAGAUGAAGAAGCAGGAGAAGCGGGAAAAAAUGGAGGAAGAUAAGAAAAAGAAAGAGGAGCAGCAAAGAGCUAUUGAAGAGGUUAUUCUCAAUGAAAAAGAACAGCUGAGACUCAACCUGAGUGCCAUGGAGGAAGCCAACCUUACACAAAUAGUCACAGGGCCUGAACCACAGAGUGAGCAACGGGAUAUAAGCGGGGAACAAACAACAGGGGACUACCAAACAGAAGAAAUUGCUACACAUUAUGUUUGAACAAGAAAUUGAACAUUUUAGACUUGGUGUAAAUACGGCAAUAUUGUCUGCUAUUGUUUUUGCUUUAUCUCGUCAGAUUGUACUGUAUAUUAAAGCCCCUACCAUUCUUUAAUGUGACAGCUCCUCAAGAUUGACAGUGUAACCAUUUACUUUGUCGGUGCCAAAAACAGUACUACGUUAUGCAUGUCCUGAAGACACAUGUAUCUUUGCCGGUGAGCACAGUGUGAUCAGUAGCGCCUCCAGAAAGUUUUCAUAGGGGUGGCCAGAUGGGGCCACUUAAAAUCUUGGGGUGGCCAAAACUAAAAGCCAUAAUUUCAGGUUUUCAUUAUAUCAUUGCAGUAAAAAGGUCAGGGGAAAACUAUCAGAAAAGACUUAAGGACACAGUUACUGAUAUACUUUGGUGUAUAGUGUAAUAUUUGAUGAUGAUGACUAAUGAUUUAUUGUGCAUAGUCCCUAACACAACAACAACAGUUUUAUUCUGUUAUGUAUAUAUUAGGCAUAAGGUGUACAUUUAACUAGGGCUGUCAAAUGAUUAAAAUUGUUAAUCGAGUUAAUCACAGCUUAAAAAUUAAUUAAUCGUAAUUAAUCGCAAUUCAAACCAUCUCUAAAAUAUGCCAUAUUUUUCUGUAAAUUAUUGUUGGAAUGGAAAGAUAAGAUAAGACGGAUAUAUACUAGGGCUGUCCCAAUCGACUAAUUUUCUCCCGAUUAGUCAGCCGACUAUUUUUACGAUUAGUCGACUAAUCUAAUAAUCUAAUAAUUAAAAAAAAAAUUUUUUUUUUUGUUUUUGUUUACUAAUUUAGCAAUGAAAUUUUUGUUGACGCUUAUCAAUUCAUAAAAAACAUAUUAGAACACAAACUAUUUACUAAAGUACAAAUAAACACGUAAAUAACAACAAUAAAUCCCAAAUAAACAAUGAGUUCAAAUGCUGAUAGAAUUAACUAGUGUAGCAUCCCGAUUGAAAAGAUGGUCUCUUAAACUGAUGGUUUACAACUUUUAUUCCAUCCUUGAUGUAAUCACACCGUAAGAGCUACGGUGCACACAAAUAAAACAACACAAUUAGAAAUUAACGAAAACUUUUCACCUUUUCCCUUUUAAACCUUAUUUGUAUAUCAAUGAAUUGCCUAUAUGAAUUGCCUUCAUCUUAAUUUAUUACCUUAUCAUUGAGAAUCUCGCCCUUGAGUCCAAUCACUGUAUAUACUGUAUAUAUUUAUGACCUUUUAACAUUAUAUACAGUGCCUUGCAAAAGUAUUCGGCCCCCUUGAAUCUUGCAACCUUUCGCCACAUUUCAGGCUUCAAACAUAAAGAUAUGAAAUUUAAUUUUUUUGUCAAGAAUCAACAACAAGUGGGACACAAUCGUGAAGUGGAACAACAUUUAUUGGAUAAUUUAAACUUUUUUAACAAAAAAAAAAAAACUGAAAAGUGGGGCGUGCAAUAUUAUUCAGCCCCAUUUACUUUCAGUGCAGCAAACUGACUCCAGAAGUUCAGUGAGGAUCUCUGAAUGAUCCAAUGUUGUCCUAAAUGACCGAUGAUGAUAAAUAGAAUCCACCUGUGUGUAAUCAAGUCUCCGUAUAAAUACACCUGCUCUGUGAUAGUCUCAGGGUUCUGUUUAAAGUGCAGAGAGCAUUAUGAAAACCAAGGAACACACCAGGCAGGUCCGAGAUACUGUUGUGGAGAAGUUUAAAGCCGGAUUUGGAUACAAAAAGAUUUCCCAAGCUUUAAACAUCUCAAGGAGCACUGUGCAAGCCAUCAUAUUGAAAUGGAAGGAGCAUCAGACCACUGCAAAUCGACCAAGACCCGGCCGUCCUUCCAAACUUUCUUCUCAAACAAGGAGAAAACUGAUCAGAGAUGCAGCCAAGAGGCCCAUGAUCACUCUGAAUGAACUGCAGAGAUCUACAGCUGAGGUGGGAGAGUUUGUCCAUAGGACAACAAUCAGUCGUACACUGCACAAAUCUGGCCUUUAUGGAAGAGUGGCAAGAAGAAAGCCAUUUCUCAAAGAUAUCCCUAAAAAACUCUCGUUUAAAGUUUGCCACAAGCCACCUGGAAGACACACCAAACAUGUGGAAGAAGGUGCUCUGGUCAGAUGAAACCAAAAUUUAACUUUUUGGCCAUAAUGCAAAACGAUAUGUUUGGCGUAAAAGCAACACAGCUCAUCACCCUGAACACACCAUCCCCACUGUCAAACAUGGUGGUGGCAGCAUCAUGGUUUGGGCCUGCUUUUCUUCAGCAGGGACAGGGAAGAUGGUUAAGAUUGACGGGAAGAUGGAUGCAGCCAAAUACAGGAACAUUCUGGAAGAAAACCUGUUGGUGUCUGCACAAGACCUGAGACUGGGACGGAGAUUUAUCUUCCAACAGGACAAUGAUCCAAAACAUAAAGCCAAAUCUACAAUGGAAUUGGUCAAAAUGUUCAAAAGAUGACAUCGACUAUGUCGACUAGUUGGGACAGCUCUAAUAUAUACAUUCAACAUACUGUACAUAGGUACUGUAUUUGUUUAUUAUAACAAUAAAUCCACAAGACGGCAUUAACUUUAUUAACAUUCUUUCUGUGAAAGGGAUCCACAGAUAGAAUGACUUGUAAUUCUUAAAGGAUGAAUGUGAGUUUGUAUAUUGUGACUAAAUAUUGCCAUCUAGUGUAUUUGUUGAGCUUUCAGUAAAUGAUACUGUAGCGACCUAACUGUUCUGCCCAAAUGCAUGAUGGGAAGUGGUGGAACCAUGAUUGUGUGUGGUGGCUGCAAAUGCAACAUCUUCUCUGCGUUGGGUACACUACAGGGUGUAAAGAAAAAGAUCAACUUCUGUCAUUCUUCCCCACCUCGCUUCCCACAAUAUUUAUAGUUGCUGUGGGAGAGAUGACAAAGCUUUUGCCAAUUAAAAGGCACGGCCCCAAUGAAUGCUUGUAUCUACUCCACUCUGCCUCUUAUCUCUUUAUAUAAGUAAAACGACGCCAUUGUAGGCUGUUUGUGGCAAUGCGUGAAUGAGUGGUACCGCGAAUGCAUUAAUUGCGAUAAAUAUUUUCACGUGAUUAAUUUUUAAAAAUUGAUUAGCGCCCGUUAACGUGAUAAAUUUGACAGCCCUACAUUUAACUAAACAAAAUAAAUGCAUUCAUUUGGGAAGAAAUGCAUAACUGAUGCUACAGUACAACAAUCUAACGAUAUACUGGCAAGCAGGGUGGCCAGUGGGGUUGCCAACCAAUUUAUAGGGGUGGCCGUAGCCACCCCCUAGUGGCGCCACUGUGUGUGAUUUAUUGAUUGCACACACGUGCUACAAUUUAACAUAGCAGAGAUAAAACUGGGAAGAAAAGUGAUUAUAAUGGCCUUGGAUUGACAGUGACCCAAAUAUCGCAGAUAGCAAAACAUAACUGGAGCGGACAUGAGCCAGAUGUACUGCAAAUUUUGGCCCAACUUUGUAAAAUGGAUCCGCGCUUGUUUCUUUUUAAACAAUGGGCCAAACUCAGCCUGGAUUCACUUGCCAAUCAGCAAAGAGUUUUGGGCCAGAACUGGUCCAAAGUAGCAGACACGACAUCAAUGUAUGGCCCGGAUAUGGCACACAUGUUACCCAAUCUGGGCCAGCAUUGGGCCAGAUGUAGUCCAGAUUCCCCGAUAGGAAAAUAUAACUGGAGUGGACAUGGGUCAGAUGUAAUGCAAAUUUGGAUCCAAUUUCAAACGGAGCCGCCCAUAACUCAGUAUGGAUUCACUUGUCGGAUCAGCAGACAGUAUGAGCCAGAACCAGAGGUGAAAGUGGGCCAGAACGGUCAGGAACGCAGUUCCGGUUUAGGAUUCAGGUCCGGAACGCAGUUCCAGUAUAAGAUUCAAGGCCGGAAUGCUAUUCCGGUACACGGUGCUUUGAUUCCAAAUAUAUGACGGCAAAUGUCCCCCCCCCAAAAAAAAUGCUAAGCUGCCACACAUGCAUUUCAUCUCCAAGAAGAAAACAAUCUACCAACAUCAAAUUUACAUACACAAGUGUUAACAACAAUCAUAAUAAAGUGCUUGUGUAGCGUGAUCAGUUUCCACCGAUAUUUAUUAUUUAUUUUAUUCCACGGACGGCAUGGAGGUUUCCCAAUUUACUGCAGUUAUCUGAGUCUGAUGGUGAUGAGUCACGUCAAUGUGCGGAUGCAAAGCAAAACGCCUGGACUUAUUCAGGCCUGUCUGCGGUUCGCUAGAGAGCAUUUGGGUGAUCCAAAAGAGGACUGGGAGAAUGUGUUAUGGCCUGGACGUGUACUUUCUUCAGCAGGGGGACACGUCUGGCAGUGCAGGAUUUGAGUUCCUGGCGGCGCAUUGUGUUACUGAUAGUAGCCUUUGUUACUGUGGUCCCAGCUCUCUGUAGGUCAUUCACUAGGUCCCCGCUAGUGGUUCUGGGAUUUUUGCUCACCGUUCUUGUUAUCAUUUUGACGCCACGGGGUGAGGAGGGAGUUGAAAGUCUGUGUUGCCCAACGACAGCCCCAAAACAUCACUGCUCUAAAGGAGAUCUGCAUGGAGGAAUGGAUCAAAAUACCAGCAACAGUGUGUGAAAAGCUUGUGAAGAGUUACAGAAAACGUUUGGCCUCUGUUAUUGCCAACAGAGGGUACAUAACAAAGUAUUGAGAUUAACUUUUGGUACAGACCCUACCCACGUGACGUCACAACUCCUUCCUCCUGACUGGUGCCGCCCAAUUGUCCGUCAACACAUCAUGUUUACCUGUUACGGCUACGUACAUUCCUCCUAUUUACGACGUGUUUUUCUGCCCGUUAACAUUAAUAAUCAAAAUGGUGAAGGCGUGUGUGGCGGUCGGUUGCAAUAACAGAGAAGAUAGACGGAGAAGACGGAGAGACUUGAAGUUCUACCGGAUUCCGAGAGACCUGGAGAGAAGAGAGCGAGAUGGGCUGCUGCAAUUCAACGAGAAAACUGGGCUCCAAACGAUUACCACAGAUUAUGUAGUAGUCAUUUUAUAUCUGGUAAGAUGCAUUUAAUAUAUAUUUAGAGGGUUUUGGGCUGACAACCACAAUUAAGAUCAUUGCUAGGCUAAUCGCCGACAACAUACACGUAUGUAUGUAGUGAGAGUGCUAUCGCUAAACCAUAUAAACAUUAAAAGCCCUAACUCCAUUGACAAACGACAUGAAAUACAUUAGACUUGACUGUGGAUGUUAGCAAUAACAAAAGAUUUUGAAUUGAAAAUUUCGUAACUCACCUUUCCAAGCACAAGAUAGAUUCCUGCCGAAUUUUCGUGGACGAGGACCUGUUUCACCCAACCAGCAACGAAGUAUUUAUAAACCUCCAAGCUCUUAAAGUUUUUCAAACUUUCGUGAGAAUAGGCUGAUUUUGUGUGGACAAGAUAGUUGUACAUAUCAGGGUAGCUAGCAGAUGUCAGGCAAAUACGGCAGAGACAGCGGGUCGAAAAACUUCGAUUUAGGCAUCAAAUAUGGAUCUGGCGAAUGGAUAAACUGAAGCUUUUCCACAUAACGCCUUUUAUGCAACGCAUCAAGUGAGUUUACGGCAUCCGAAAGCACCGGGUCUUCCAUGAA